AUGAUCAUGCAAAAAUCAUCAGAAUAUUGUAUUGACGAUACAAUAAUGGAACAAGAGCUCAUUACUCGCUAUUUAGAGCCAACAUUAACGCUUUUAUUUGAUGGCAUCCUGCAGGAUACACUAUUUCAUGGGGCUACCACGAUUAAACAAGAAUUAAAAGCGACCACUUCUAUAUCGAUUAACAAAAGCAGGCCAGAUGCAUGUGUCUCUGGAUUGAUCGGUAUCACUCGGGGCUUUGGCGAGGUGAAAUCUUCGACAGAAGCCAACAACAACUACUUGGUUGCGCGUGAUCUUAUCCGACUAGGCAUAUUCGCCAAAACUUCAUUGAUCUCAACAAUAUAA